AAUCAAUCCGUACUCAUUUCCCGCAUAUGGGCGCACAGACGGAAGUGGAGUGGCAGACAAUAGCCUUUGGUAUGCAGAAUGACCAGCCGAGCAGCACGGCAGCUAGCGCUGAAUGUCACCAAGGAGCCAGCGUCCGCAAUACACCGUGCCCUCGUAUUCAUUGCUUCGCCCUCCAGGUGUUGUCCAGCCUGUCCAGGCUAUCCACGCAGUGGGCACUGCCCCGGCACUAGCGGGCCUAACCGCCCGUAGGCCCCGACGGCAGGCCUCCCUCUUCCCGAAGCUGAACCAUGGUUCUGGGUUUGGCCUGCGCGCCCUGUGCUCAUACCUUCCAUGUCAGACCCGGGGGCUUGGAUGCUCUAAUCCCAGGCGCGUCUGACGCCCUUGACUUGCAUGACGACCUGGCCGCAUGCAUGGCCCAUGGGUUACGUUCGGAGGGAAACGACAGCAGAUCAAUGCCGGCUCUUGGCGCAAACCCAGCGAGGCGGACGGGAGGGUCGUCG